AUGCAGGUGUGCGCCAUGGUCCUCCUCAUAUCCAGCUCCGCUCUGCUCCUGCUGCUCCAAGGAUGCUGCGCCGCGGCCAAGGAGUGGAAAGUACUGAACAACGACGCCACGGAGAACUUACCGGAGUACAGGGCGCCCAGGACGCAGACGCAGCAGCAGCAGCAGCAGCAGCAGCGAGGGAUGGAGAGGGCGUCCGAAAGCAACAGCAACAGUGGCAACAGUAACCAUACUCUGAAUAACAGGGCGAAGAAUGGAGGGAGGACAGCUAAUGCCAUUUCUUAUAGUGCCUCUGAGCUGAGCUGUCGGGAGCUGCGUUCCACUCGCUUCAUCACGGACGGGUCGUGCCGCAGCGCCAAGCCCAUCCGGGAGCUGGUGUGCUCGGGACAGUGCAUGCCCAGCCACCUCCUGCCCAACUCCAUCACCAGGGGCAAGUGGUGGAGAAGCAACGCCUCCGAGUACCGCUGCAUCCCGGCCCAUUCCCGGAUGAAGAGGGUCCAGCUGCACUGUCCCAACGGCAACACUCGGACUUACAAAAUCCGUGUGGUGACCUCCUGCAAGUGCAAACGCUUCAGGGCCCACCACAACCAAUCAGAGGCCAAGGAGGUGCCCAAAACGCAGAGAAACAGGAAGCACAGCCGGUUGUCCCAAGAUCGGAGCAAAAACAAUACGCCUCUCAUAGACAACAUGUACUGA